UGCUUCUUCCUGUCCACCUCCUGAACCCUCAUAUCAACAAUCAUCCUCACCAUUAAACCUCGCUGAAAUGUCUUCCCUCCACCUUCCUUCUACCAAUCUGGGUCGCUGGCUACUGGCAGUCUCCAUUCUCGCCGCAGGAAACACCCUCACCGGUCUCUUCAGCACCGCCUCUUCUCGGAAAUCCUACUCCACAAACAAGGGUCUAUCUCAAGUCACCCCACUGCAGACGCGCCAUUACUCCUUCUGGACCCUCACUGCCGCCGUGGUACGCUGUUAUGCUGCAUACUCUAUCACCAACAAGGAGGUGUAUGAGAUUUGUAUGGCUACAUUUGUCAUUGUGCUGUUGCAUAUUGGAAGUGAGAUGGCAGUGUACAAGACGGCUACGCUUAGCUCUGGAGGGAUCAGGAGCACACUGCUUGUAGCCACUGGUACACUGGCUGCCAUGGUGAUGCAGUACAAUCACUACGUCGGCAAGUAAGAGGGGCUAUGUUGACCCUGUAAGGCGAAGGCACAUGAGGAGGUUAGGCGAGCGGUCUAGGAAGAAAGUACUCCUCACGUGGAGGAGGAUGCUGAGGGGCGGUGCAACACGCAGCGGAGCACAAUCAGGGCUUGAAAAUGUAGCCGAGCUUCAUCAAUCUACAUCAAGGCCUCGGACGCGGUACGAGGGAAUCCCAUGGGCAAGGGCAAGUCAAGAGGCACUAAGGCUCACCCUGAAUCCCAAUCACAAGAUCAGUCAAGUCAACAAUGCCCUCCUGAGCUCGAGGGAGGAUGGGCAGAUGCGAGCGGGCCAGACGAAAGCGCAGAAGAGGAAGCAGCACUCUAUGAUGCGGCAAAGGUCGUGAAUCGCCCAGCAUACGAUACAAAGCACCUCGACGUACUCCAGUACAACGUUCCCGAGCUAAGUCAGU